AACAUCGUUAAUCUUAGAUCAUUGUAUUCGGCAAAACUAGUUUUUGUUCUCGUCUCGCUUGGAACGGUCGUGUUUUAUUACGCAUUGUUGACCAUGAACUGUGUUGUGAUAUUGAUAUCGAUUGUCAUUAGUCUGCAAACACCAUGUUAUUCACUCAAUAUUAUCGGAAUAUUCCCUUACCAAGGCAAGAGCCAUUUCUUCGUGCAUCGCGUGUAUCUACAAGAGCUUGUCAAACGAGGACACAACGUAACUGUUAUAUCACACUUCCCAGAAAGUGAUCCACCUUUAAAUUACCAUGAUGUUAGCUUAGCGGGGAGUAUUAAGAUUCUAGAAGAUGCUACUCCCCUUAAAAGGUCGUAUACAACCGUUUUAGGCACAGCAAUAUUCCUUACGAGUUCCGGGCGUGAAAACUGCGAAGUAAUGUUGUCAAAUAAAAAUGUUCAGAACCUAUUGAGGGAUAAACCUAAGUUUGAUAUCGCUGUAGUUGAACAGUUUAAUAGUGAUUGCGGUUUAGGAGUGGCUUACAUACUCGGAGCUCCAGUUAUUGGAAUUACAUCCCACAUACUAAUGCCUUGGACGUAUAGCAGGUUCGGAAUACCAAAUCACCCGGCGUAUGUGUCGUUUCACUUUUUGGAAGGAGGAACAAAACCAACACUUUACCAAAGAGUAGAACGGGUUUUAUUCGAUUUAUAUUUUAAAACGUUAUAUUAUAUAUCACAACAACGCGAUCAGAAUACUCUAGCUAAGUACUUCGAUAAUAUACCACCUUUAGAACAACUUGCGCGGGACGUAAAAAUUCUACUAUUAUACCAUAACUUUGUUCUGACUGGUUCCCGAUUAUUUCCAGCGAACGUUAUCGAAGUUGGAGGUUACCAUGUAGUUAAAGCAAAACCAUUGACCGGUGACCUUUUGAAGUUUGUUGAAGAGGCCGAACAUGGUGUUAUAUACAUAAGUUUUGGCUCGGUUGUCAAAAGUUCCACUAUGCCUGAUGAAAAGCUGCAAGCAGUUUUAGGAGCGAUUUCCGAACUACCCCAGCGUUUUAUCUGGAAGUGGGAGAGCAAAACUACAUUGUUGGACAAAAAUAAACUUUACCUUGCUGAAUGGUUGCCACAAGUCGAUAUAUUAGGACACCCAAAAACUUUGGCUUUUCUUUCUCACGCGGGCAUGGGAGGAACAACAGAAGCCAUUCAUUUUGGAGUGCCCAUAGUUGCAAUGCCCGUUUUAGGAGACCAGCCUUCUAAUGCAGCAGCAAUCGAAGAGAGUGGUCUAGGGGUUCAAUUACAAAUUGAAGAUCUCACUAAGGAUAACCUUAUUGCAGCGUUUAAAAAAGUCUUAGAUCCAAAAUUCAAAGCAAAUGUGGACGAAGUAUCAAAGGCAUGGCACGAUCGACCAAUGCCGCCAUUGGAGAGUGCGGUUUACUGGACUGAGUUCGCAGCUCGUCAUCCGAACAUCACCUACAAAACUGCGGCCGUCGACACACCCCUCUAUCAAUAUUUAUGCCUUGAUAUUAUUAGCGCAUUUUCUAUAACUAUCGUUUUAAUAUAUGCUGUGUUUAGAUGGAUUCUAUCUGGAAUAUGUCGAAGAACAACAGUAAAAGAAAAAAAUAUCAAAAAUGUUAAGAAAAAAUCAAAACGCGCUUAAGCUGGCCGUAACUGUGACAAAGUCAUGAUUAAUCCAUUUAUUUCAAUUGAAAGAAAAUUACAAGUUAAAAAUAUUAUAAAUUGAUUUCAUAAUUAUAACAUGGAGGCAUGGUGUUAAAAACAAUGCAGCAGAUAACUAUAUUAUUAUGUACAUACAUGUUGCUCGCAAAUUUACAAAUAUUGCAACUAUUUGCAUUAUUCUAAAGAACAAAUAUACAGUCAAACAGUGUGAGCUAGGUCUAAGUUGAUAACUUAAAACAAAUAAGAAUAAAAACAUAUAUAAAUAGAUUAGCAACCAGUUGAUUUUGUCUAGUUUGAUGGAUCUAUACAGCAAAACCAGCAGGUCUCCAAGCAUUUUAUCUUGAAUAUCAUAUGUUUCGUAUUUGUCGCUUAUCGAAACCAAAAACAGGAAAUAUUUGUAUAAUAUUACUUGAUUAAUAGUAUUAUCCGAUUGUUAGUAACUGUCAAAUAAUCUUCGAAUUACGUUACGCAAAUAAUUGUUAUAGGUAAAUUUUAUGUUGACGCACGUACUUUUGCUGCAGGUAGGCUAUGAAUUAACUUACCAAAUAUGAAUUUAUCUAAUUCAUUAGUACUAAAUUAUAUAUAUAUCAAUAAAUAUUUACUGACAAUAAUGAA